AUCCUGGUAAUGUUAUCAGUGUCAUCUGGUCUAUCAGUGUCAUCAGUAGAGUUGAAUACAAUUCUGCAAACUGUAAAAUAUUCCAGGAAUGUUUUUCGGUUUUCCACACCUUAGUUUUACAUAUUUCCUUAUGUAAUGAAACAGUGCAGCCUCUCACCAUUUAGUCGAACUGUAACCUGCACUGAAGACAAAGUCACCUGUGCGGCAGUCCCUUUCAAACAAGGAUAUGUAUUUUACAAAGGGUCGUAUGUUAAGAAAUCUUUUUCUUACCUUGAUGGUUUUGUUCCUUUCUUUUGCUCUUUGGACAUUUGGCUCUGAACAGUCAUCGUCUGAUCUGCAAAUACCUCCUCAGUUCUCAGCUGAUCUGCCUGGUUGUUCGACUAUUAUCACUGGUGAUGUGAAAGGUAAGGAAGGUGAAUUAGAAGGGCUUCUGUCAUCCAAGAAAAAGAAGAAUGUUUUUUCUGAGGACUUCUACAUUAAUGCAACAGUCAACUGUCAAGUUUACAUUGAAGAAAGAGGUUUCAUCACAGCUCCUCUCAGUGAGGAAGAGAAAGAUUUCCCCAUUGCAUACUCCAUGGUGAUCCAUGACAAGAUUGAGAUGUUUGAGCGGCUUCUACGAGCUAUUUAUGCUCCUCAGAACAUUUACUGUGUACACGUGGACCAGAAAUCCUCUGCAUCAUUCAAGAAGGCUGUGGCUGCGAUUGCUUCAUGCUUUCCUAAUGUGUUUGUAGCCAGUAAAUUAGAAAGAGUGGUAUAUGCCUCGUGGUUCAGAGUACAGGCAGAUCUGAAUUGCAUGAAAGAUCUGCUAAAUACUCACAUCAACUGGAGGUACCUGCUUAACACCUGUGGGACAGACUUCCCCAUCAAAACAAACAGAGAGAUGGUGAGGGCACUGAAGCUUCUCAAUGGGAGGAACAGCAUGGAGUCCGAGGUGACUUCUGGCUACAAGAAAGGUCGUUGGCAGUAUCACCACAAUAUCACAAAGAGUGUUAUCAACACAAAUGUGAGGAAAAGUGACCCACCAAUCAGCAUCCCCAUGUUCUCAGGAAAUGCCUACUUUGUGGUCACAAGAGCUUUUGUGGAACAUGUGAUGGAGGACAGAGAGGUUCAGAAGUUUCUGGAGUGGGAGAAGGACACAUACAGCCCUGAUGAGCACUUGUGGGCCACCCUGCAGAGGAUGCCCUCUGUUCCUGGGUCAAUGCCCCAAAAUGGGAAGUAUGACAUGUCAGACAUGCUAGCUUUGGCUCGGGCAGUGAAGUGGUCGUAUUCAGCAGGAGAUAUGAAUAAGGGAGCCCCAUAUUACCCAUGCACUGGUAUUUAUAGAAGAUCUGUUUGUGUGUAUGGAGUGGGUGACCUCCCAUGGCUCCUGAAACAACACCACCUGUUUGCAAAUAAGUUUGAUCCAGAGGUUGAUGAUGUUGCCAUAAGGUGUCUGGAAUCAGUGCUGCGUUUCAAAGCUUUAGUCCAUGACCCACUGUCCACUAGGAAAAUGUGACCAUUGAGUAAAACUUACAAUGAAUUAAAAGUGUCAUUCAUUAUAAGUGAAGUUUGCGUUGUUUGUUGUAAGUAGAAAGUCCUUUCUAAGUUACACCCG